AUGAGAAUGGAGAACAUCUUUUUUUUGUUAAUACUAAGUGAAAUUCUUUAUUAAAGUAAUUCGAAAAAUAUUUAUAGCAUAUUGUUGUCCAAGCUCCUGUUUUUAAUGUAGUGGGGCUAGCACAAAUUGCAAUAUUUGUAACCCAGGCUUCUUUAAGAGUGGUAAUGACUGUCUUGCUUGUACUAAACCAUGCGAAACUUGUUCAACAAGUAUUACAACUUGUUCUACAUGUGUUGAUACUGCAAAUUAAUUAACUCCAACUUGUGCAUGCAAUAGUGGUCUUGUAAUGAAUACAUCAACAUAUUUUUGUGAAAGUUGUUCGAUUAAUUGUUAAGUUUGUAGUUCUCCCACUAUUUGUACUUAGUGUAAUGCUGGUUAUUGGCUAAAUGGCAACUCGUGUAGUCCAUGCAUAAAACCAUGCGCCAAUUGUUCAUUGAGUGGUAGUAAUUGUAGUACUUGUGUUGAUACUGCAAAUCAAACACCAUCCUCAUGCAAUUGUCCAUCUAAUUAUAUAAUAAAUACUUCUAAUUACUUUUGUCUUUAAUGUUAAUUUCCAUGUGCUACCUGCUAAACAACAGUAAGUUAUUGUUUAACAUGUGCAACAACAUAUACUAUAGAUUCAAGUACUCAUACAUGUUCAUGUUAAAAUAAUUAAUAUGAUACAACUACAACAUGUUAAAAUUGUACAAGUCCAUGUUAGACUUGCACAGUAUCUGCAACUAAUUGUGGCUCUUGUGUAGAUGGAUUGCAUAGACAUCUAGAUAAUAAUUAAUGUAUUUGUGAUAAUGGUUAUUAUGAAAAUACUACUUGUUAACCAUGUUAAUUACCAUGCAUUAACUGUACUUCAUCAUCAACAUGUACUUCAUGUAAUGAUCCGACUUAUUAAUCAGGAACAUCUUGUUAAUGUUAAUCAACUUAUUUCAUGAAUGCUUCUUUUAUGUGUCAAAGUUGUGUAUCCCCUUGUUAAAAUUGUACUUCUGAAUCCUUAUGUACAUCAUGUGUUUAAAAUUAUUACAUUUCAGGAAAUACUUGUAUUUAAUGUACUUCACCAUGUUACAAUUGUGUUGAUCUUUCCACAAAAUGUACAUCUUGUAUUAAUACUAAUUUAACACCAAUCAAUAACUUAUGCGUUUGUCCAGACGGAUAUUAUGCUGAUACAUCAUUAAAUUGCCAACCUUGUAUUCAUCCUUGUACAAAAUGUGAAACAAAUGGAAAUCAUUGUUUACAGUGUGCAUCUACAUUUGAAAUGAGUACUACUACUCCAAAUACUUGUGUUUGUCCUACUAAUAAAUAUUUAGUAGUAACUAAUACACCUACUGAUUGUCAGCUUUGUACAUAACCAUGUGAAACAUGUUCAGGAACAGCAGUUCAUUGUUUAUCAUGUAUAGAUACUAAUCAAACCGUUGAUGGAUCUAAUGAAUGUUAAUGUGAUGCUGGAUUUUUUAUGAGUGGAGUAAACUGUGAUACAUGUGUAAGUCCUUGCCUAGAAUGUUUAGGAAGUGCUGAUUACUGUACUCAAUGCAAAGAUACAUAACAUUAUGAAAAUAAUGGGCAAUGUAUUUGUAAUCCAGGUUAUAUUAAUGAUAAUAACUAUGAUUGUAUUCCAUGUUAAGAUCCUUGUGCUACUUGUUUUUUAGAUGAUACUCAUUGCGAUAGUUGUACAGAUUCAAAUCAUUAAAUUAAUGCAUCUGAUUAAUGCAUUUGCAAAGACACUUUCUAUUCAAAUGCUAUAGAUACAUGUGCACCAUGUGUAUCACCAUGUGUCUUAUGUGAUAGUAAUGGAUGUUUAUCAUGUAUUGAUGCUAAUUAAAUAAUAAAUUCUUCAAAUAAUUGUGUUUGUAAACCAGGAUAUUAUGAAGUAGGUUUAAAUUGUUCAUAAUGUGUAAUACCAUGUGAAACUUGUGAAAUCAAUUAAAAUCAUUGUUUAACAUGCGUUGAUACUAAUUAAACUCAAAUCAAUAAUUAAUGUAUAUGCAAUGAUGGAUAUUUUGAAGUCAAUCAUAUAUGCUAAUAAUGUUAAUCUCCUUGUACAAAAUGUCAAAACACGAACGAUUAUUGUCUAUCAUGUUCAGAUCCAAAUCAUGAUUUAAUCAGUAAUAAAUGUGUAUGUAAAUAUGGAUAUGGAUAAUCAGGAACUAAUGGAACAGCUUGUUCCCUUUGUUAAUACCCUUGUCUUGAUUGCUCAACAAGUGUAAAUACAUGUCUCUCUUGUGUUGAUACUAUUAUAUUCCACCUUGAUAAUGACAAAUGUUUAUGUUAACAAGGUUAUUUUCAGAUUGGAACUAAUUGUAUAUAGUGCUCAUCAUAAUGUUCCACCUGCGUUGAUUUAUCUAGUAAAUGUUUAGGAUGUUCUGAUCCAAAUUCAGUGUUGAAUCAAAAUGAUUGUCUGUGUAAACCAGGCUAUUAUUAAAACAAUUUUAUGAUUUGUGAAGAAUGCUAACUUCCUUGUCUAACAUGUAUAUCGAAUCAAAAUUAUUGCACAUCUUGUUAUGAUUCAGGAAUGCAAUAGGCAAUCGGAGGUUAAUGUGUAUGUUUUGAUGGAUAUUAUAUUCUGAAUAAUCUAUGUGAAAAAUGUAAUUAGAUAUGUAGCAAGUGUAAUUCAUAUAAUAAUUGUACUGAAUGUAUAGAUGGGUAUUAUUUAAAUAAUUAAUAAUGUUUAAAAUGUUAAACACCAUGUUAAACAUGUUUUGAUGAAAACACUUGUAAAAACUGUAUUGAUAAUUAUACUAUGAAUAAUCUAGGAAUAUGUAUUUAAUGCAUUUAAAAUUGCCAAAAAUGCAUCGAUUCAAUUAGUUGUAUUACUUGUUUUGAUAAAUUUUAUUAUGACUAUUAAUCUUGUAUUCCAUGUUCUUAUAAAUGUUUGACAUGUGAAAAUGAUUCAGAUUUUUGUACUUCUUGCCUAAACACGAGUCAAGUAUUAAUAGAUAAUUAAUGUUAUUGCAAAGAGGGUUAUUAUGAAGAAGGGUAAGAUUGUAAACCUUGUGAUUAUAUGUGUAAAAUUUGUAAUAGCUUAUCAUAUUGUUCAGAAUGUAUAAAAUUAGAUUAUGUUGAAUUAAAAAUAAAUUCAUGUGUUUGUGAAGAUGGUUAUUUUUUAGAUAAUAAAUCAUGUUAAUUAUGUGAUAAAAGAUGUAAAACUUGUUCUGAAAAUUCUGAUAAUUGUUUGACUUGCAAUUCUUAAAUGAAUAGAGUAAAAUCGUAAAAUACUUGUAUUUGUUAAGAUGGAUAUUUUGAAAAUGAUAAUAAUGAUUGUUGGCCAUGUGAUUCAGAUGAGGGCAAAAUAAUUAAGAAUUGCAAAUAUAAAAAUUGUAAUGAUAAAGUGUGGACAUAUGAAGAAGAAUGUGAUGAUGGUAAUGAGUAUUCUAGAGAUGGUUGUACUAAUUGUAAAAUUGAUACGCAAUAUUCAUGUAUAAAUAUUCUACUUUAACCAUCAAUUUGCUUUAAAUGCAGUGAAAACUGUUAAGAAUGUUAAAUGAUUGAAUCUAAAAAAUAAUCUGGAUGUACUAAAUGUCAUCAAGGCUAUUUUCUAAUUUAAGAUCAAUGUGUUUAAUGUGCUGAAAAAUGCUUAGAUUGUAAAAUUAGUGCUUCUAAUUGCAUAAGUUGUAAAUACCUAUAAAAUCAAUAAGGGCAAUGUUAAUUAUGUCAAAAUGGUUAUUAUUUUGAUUAAACUAAUAAAAAAUGUAUUUCUAGAUGUGGAGAUUCUAUUAAAACAAUAGAAGAAGAAUGCGAUGAUGGUAAUUUAUAAUCAGGAGAUGGAUGCAAUUAAAAUUGUAAAAAAGAAUAGAAAUUCAUAUGCAAAGGUGGAACAUGUAUCAUUCCAGAAUAUCCUGUUCCAAUGUUAUCUAGUUAUGGCGAUACUUAAUUAUAUAAUAACAUCAGAAAGUUUAAAUUAGAAUAUAAUUUAUUUCUAAAUAUCCCUGAAGAUAAUUUGAUAGACAAAAGGAUCAAAUUAUUUAUAAAAAAAUAGAAUAAUAUUAAUUCUAUUGAUAGUCCAUAUAAUAUGAAAACAUAAUAUACUUUGAAUAAUUAAUCCAAUCUUAAUUUUUCAAUACAUUUCUAGAUUUUAUUUAAUAGAAGUACAACAAAAGAAGAAUUUUUGAUUCAAUUUCCUAAUCCUUCAUAUUUUAUAUCUGAUCAAGGAUAUCCAUAAAUAUUAUCUGAAGUUUCAACUGCCAUUCCAGAAUAUAUUUUCAUAAAUUAAGCACAAGUAAAUCAAGUAGAAAUGGCUGGUACUAGCAAUUAAAUAUUAUUAUACAUAAUGGCUGUAAUGGCUGGAGGAGCAAUCUUAUUUGGUGGAAUAGAUAUUUUUUAUAAUCUAUUAGAUACAAUCUAGAUGUUAUCCUACUUAAAGUACAUUAAUACUUAAUUUCCUUUUAAUUUAUAAUCAUUUUUUGACUUUUUUGGUUUUGCAUAACUCAGCUUCGUCUCAAAAUAUUUACAAUUGUAAGAAUUAAUUGAUCCUUAUAUUGAUUAUGAUAAUCUUAAAUAAAUACCUGAAAAAAUUUAAAUGGAUGAACUAAAUUCAUUAUUUAUUAUAAAUGGAUCUUCCAUACUAUUUGUAUGGCUUACACUUGUAGCAGUUUAUAUAUUCUGUAAAUACUUACCAUAUCUAUUGAAUGAGAUUAAAUUAAAAUAUUAUAAUGAAAUACCUGGAUAAAUUGAUUUUGUUUUAAAAUGUAAGCUUGGGAUUUUAGCUUUAAAAAUAUUGAUCAUUGAAUUAUGUUUAACUGUUGUAUAGGAAUUCUUCUAUAGUGGUAUUUUAAGAACAUUUUUUGCAACUGCUUAUGAUUAUACAUUUUCAAUGACUCUUUAACUUUUUGCUUUAGAGUUGAAUUGUUAAAAUUUGCUUGUAAGAUUCAGUUCCUUAUUAGCUUUAAUAGCAUUGGGCAUCUAUUUAUUAAUUAUUUAUAUAAUAACUAAAAAAUGUGGAAGCCUAAAAUUUACGAUUGAAGAAUAUUAAUAUAGACUUAAAUUCCUAUCACUUUUUGAAGGAAUAAAAUAUGGUAAUUACUGUAGAUAUUAUUAUGCCAUAAGUCUAGCGAAAAAGUUAUUAUUUAUGUUAAUACUUAUAUUUUGUUAUCAGUAGCCUUAUUUUUAAGUGUUAAAUUUAAUUCUCCUGUCGAUUAUAGAAAUAAUAUGGUUGAUUCAUUUUUAACCAUUGGAAGAUAUGAAUGAAUAUUUUAAAUAAAUUUCAUGCGAGAUUAAUAAAUCUAUUGCUCUAUUUUUUAUUUCAGGAUUAGUUUUAGACUAAGAAGCAAAAAUUUUUAGUGAAGAUAUACGAUCAAUUAUUGGAUGGAUUUGCAUAGGAAAUAUAAGUUUAAUUUUGAUUAUUUAAUUAAUAAUCGAUGCUAUUUAGUAAUGGAUAUUCUUAAUCAAAAAAUACAAAAAAUUCAAAAGAAUGGUCGAAAAAUUUUAUAGAUUUUGGAAUCCCCAAUAGUAAAGAGCAGAUCAUUAAAUAUUUAAGUGA